UGUUAUGAUACAGGUAUCUUUUAUGGAUAGAAAUUUUUGCUAUUUUGCUAUCUAAAUUGCUAGCAAUUCUAGUAGUAAAUGUGAAAAAGCUCACAUAAGACCCGCAUGUCCGAACAGAUCUCGGACAACCUACUUUAACUGUUUAAAAAUGUUGAUAUUUUUUGGGAUUCUUUCAUGUUUAUUAUCCGAAUUGCUAGCCAUAAUCUGAAACUAUUUUUGAUUCCCAACGGGAAUCGAUACAGACUGGAUCUGAAUUUAAAACUUUGUCCCAUGCAACGUUAAGAGUCAGGACCUCUGUUUCUGUCUCCAACUCUGGCUUCUUCAACUCCACAAAAAUGCAGAACACAGCCUUAGUUCUGUUCUCAACCCCAUUUCUGAAACCUCUAUACCGAACCCAAAAAUCUAAAUUCACUCAGCUUUCAACACCACUUGGCCUCAACUUCAUUCAUGGACUCCCACCGCAAAGUUUUCUGCAUGCAUUUUCUUCGUCACGCUUUGACACCCGAGUAUGCGGUUCCUUUUCUAUUUCGAGCCAAAGAAACAACAAGUUCAAGGUCAGGGCUACUUCGGCGCCUGAGAAUGCUGACAAUACCGUGAAACCGAGCGGCGUGAUUAAGACUUUGCAGCUCGGCCCCAUGUUUGGGAUUUGGUAUAUUUUGAAUAUCUACUUCAACAUCUACAACAAACAGGUUCUAAAAGUCUAUCCAUUUCCUGCGACGGUUACAGCAUUUCAAUUUGGCUUUGGGACUUUUAUGAUUAUUUUGAUGUGGGCAUCUAAUUUUGUUACCAGGCCAAAGAUUACUUCUUCGCAGCUUGCAGUAAUUUUACCACUGGCUGUGGUGCACACAAUGGGGAACCUCUUGACCAACAUUAGUAUUGGGAAAGUUGCCGUUUCGUUUACUCACACAAUCAAAUCUAUGGAACCCUUUUUCACGGUUGUACUAUCCGCCUUGUUUCUUGGUGAGAGGCCCUCUCUCUGGGUAGUUUCCUCCCUUGUACCAAUUGUAGGUGGAGUGGGAUUGGCAUCUUUCACUGAGACCUCUUUCAAUUGGACUGGUUUUUGUAGUGCAAUGGCUUCCAAUCUUACAAACCAAUCGCGUAAUGUAUUCAGCAAAAAGCUCAUGGCUAAGAAAGAGGAAGCUUUGGACAAUGUCAAUCUCUUCUCAGUAAUAACCAUUAUUUCUUUUAUCCUGUUGGUUCCUGCGGCUAUUUUCUUGGAAGGUGUUAAGUUUACUCCUUCAUACCUUCAAUCUGCUGCAAGUCAAGGUUUAAAUGUUAGAGAACUAUGUGUGAGAUCAGUUCUGGCUGGGUUCUGCUUCCAUAGUUACCAGCAGGUAUCCUAUAUGAUAUUAGGGAUGGUAUCACCUGUCACCCACGCAGUUGGAAAUUGCGUGAAGCGUGUGGUGGUCAUAGUCUCCUCAGUUAUCGUCUUCCAAACCCCUGUGUCGCCUAUUAACUCCCUUGGAACUGCUGUGGCUCUUGCUGGAGUCUUCUUGUACUCAAGAGCAAAGCGGAUUAAGCCAAAGCCGAAGGCUGCUUGAUGUUUAUACUGUAAAUAAAAAAUCAAAAAGAAAAUUCCAAUCUGUGGUUUUUUUUUUUUUUGUACAUGUUGCGCCAUAUUUCUCUGACAGUCUUCAUCAAUUAGUGUUCCUUAAAAAAGAAAAAAGAUACCUAUUAAAACACCAGUCAAAACUUAAACUUUCCGAAUUUAAUAAUUUAAUUUGAUACUCUAACAUUGUAUUUUA